AAGUAUGCGUAUUCGCCUAUAAGGCCAUAACACAGUCAUGGCAUUAAGAACGUGCCGCGAGAAGAACACACUGAAACGUUUUUCGUACCUGAUAAUUAUUAUGCCAUACCCGUAGAUGUUACCGCGCGAUUAUAAUAAUGCAUUGUUUGCGGCCGUAAAUGUUGGGUAUACUGUGUGCUUUCGUCGUAUCAGUGGUCAAAGUCCUUUUUGCAUGCGCUGCUGCCGUUUGCCACAUCGGAGCGGGGUUCGUGGUUGAUCCAUCCAGCAGGCACCGUGCGUCAAAUUCACCCUGCAAGCGAUGAUCGCCAAGCUUUGUUUGUCUACAAAAUCCGGAGCAGCUGAGCCAUUGUCGGGACUCGAAGCGCUUACUUAUGUAUUGUUUGUUUUAAUAAAAAUAUGGCUGGCUGGCGUUCUGAUGCUGAUCUUGUUAUUAUUCCUAAAAUUUUACUAUAAAAACUGAAAAUUUCCGCGCCUUAUCUACAGCUACAGCUGACGUUAUAUCCCCGGAUUGCAUUGCCGGGUUUGCGGAUUUUUUCAUCUUUGGCGUUUGUUGGAAUUGCUCAUAAUACUGAUCGCUGUUUCCGGCGUGGCGCCCAAAACAAAGAAUGCUUCAGAACUGCAACAACAAAAUCUACUUGCGGAUAGCAGUGAUAUUUGCAGCCGCCAUCCUAGUGCUGUGCGUUAUGUCAUUUGUUGGUAAACGCCGUUUCUCGAAUGAUUUCACGGAUAUCGAACUGCCACCAAAAGCCAAAAGGAAAACUCUGGAAGAUCACGGCGCAAGCCUCACCAACGCUUCCAGUUCUAGUCGGUACCAGGCCGCGAUUGCGCGCCAGUACACCAUAAUGCCGAAAACAUGUGCGGAAAUGCCGGUUAAGCCGUUUCUGGUCUUGAUUGUAUUCUCCCGCAUUGAUGCCUUUGAUUUGCGCACCGCCAUACGAACGACAUGGGGAUCGUUGGCGGAUACAAAAUGCGGUAUUCGAUUGCUGUUUAUGUUUGGGCGAGUGUACAAGGAUAAUCUGCAGCGGAAGCUGGAAGCCGAAGCCGAAAAAUACGGCGACAUUAUCCAGUCCAAUCAGUUUGACGAUGUGUACCGCAGUGCGGCACAAAAGGCCAUCCAUCUGCUGCAGUGGUCAGCGGCAUUUUGUCCCGAGUCUGUCUACACCGCCAAGAUCGACGACGACAACUGGCUGAAUUUGCCGAUGUACUACAAAUUCCUACAGACACACCAACACACGGAUUACGUGUAUGGCGCCGUGUUCUACAGUGGCACGACGGUCAUUCGGCAUACCGGCACGAAGUAUUAUGUCCCGCGUGAAGAGUACAGUGGUGAUUAUUAUCCAGAGUAUUUGUCCGGAAUUCUGUAUGCGUUUCCCACGCGGUUUGUGCAGCGGAUUCUGCAGGCCAGUCUUGAAGUACCGCGAACGUUUAAUGACGACGUGUACGUUUGUGGUAUGUUGACAAACAAGGCUAAUCUCACCAGAAAAGCCGUGCCGAAUUAUGCAUGGGAUCAGAAUUCCGCACAGCGCGACAGUAAAUGCACCAAGAAGGACAUGAUGUGCAUCCACUAUUCUAAUGCUCAAGAUUAUUACCGGAUGUGGAAGGAUCCGUGUUAUACGUACGAAAGGAUAUGUUAAACGUUUUUGCGUCGCUCAUUGGGUGAUUGUUUAAGGUAGUCACAAACAACAACUUGAAAAUUUUUAUUGCCCAUCGUUGUUCCUUUUUUGUUGAUAUGAUCUUAUAAAGUACCAGUUUCAGAGCUUAAAACAUUUCUGCGAGUCUGUUGUUUUCUUUUUAUUUCUAAUCCACGACGUCGAUGUGUACAUAUGCUAAUGUUUGUAAUACUUAUGCGGUGUGUGUACCAAUGGUACCAAUGUUUGGACAGCGCACAAGCUGGCUGAAACUAGUGAAACGUUUUCGUACAGACUGUACAGAUAUAACGUAUUAAAUACAGGU